AGCAAACGAGGACACAAUCACACAGUCCACUGUCUUUGUUAGAUGCGCGCCUGUUUCAGCAAAGUUCACAAAUUCCCUCCAACACAACGUCCGGCCCACUGUGCGGCUCCACCAAUGAGCUCCGAGGGCCUGCGCAGUGGUAUUAGCAUACAGCCUGUAUAAAAAGCGCUGCUCUCAGUCACAGAGCUCAUUCGUUGCUGCAGAGUAUCGAAGAAGGAAAAUGCCUGAACCCGCCAAGUCCGCUCCCAAGAAGGGCUCCAAGAAAGCCGUGACCAAGACCGCCGGCAAGGGCGGCAAGAAGAAGAGAAAGACCAGGAAGGAGAGCUACGCCAUCUACGUGUACAAGGUGCUGAAGCAGGUCCACCCCGACACCGGGAUCUCCUCCAAAGCCAUGAGCAUCAUGAACUCGUUUGUCAACGACAUCUUCGAGCGCAUCGCUGCCGAGGCAUCUCGCCUGGCCCACUACAACAAACGCUCCACCAUCACCUCCAGGGAGAUCCAGACCGCAGUGCGCCUGCUUCUCCCCGGUGAGCUGGCCAAGCACGCCGUGUCUGAGGGCACCAAGGCCGUCACCAAGUACACCAGCUCAAAGUAAACUGGCUAUCGACGUCAACCCAACGGCUCUUUUCAGAGCCACACACUUGAAUCUGACGAGCAUACUUCUUACUGUCCAACUUAGCUGCUAUGUUGCCAGCUACUUCAGUCGCGGAUGUGGACUUUUGUCGCUGGGUGGUAUCAAUCCGCUGCAUUGACCGAGACGACUGAAAUGUUUUACUGCUGUUUAGAUUGUAGAAAACUUGCUACAUACGCAGUAUUAAUGCGACUUUGUAUUUGACACUUUUGCUACAGUUCGAACUUUUCCUUUUAUUCCUGAUAUGCAAAGUUGCAGUUUUCUAUUGCAAGGUCUUGUGUAUGUAUUGGUGAUGGCCAAACGAAGCUUUCUAAAGCUUGUAUUGGAAAAACGGAUCAUUACUCUUUUCAGUCCUCUCUGGUGACAUUGGCUGGCCAAAAAUAUGAAGAGCAGCCUGAAUCCACAAAAUAAAACCGACUGCUUUGUUAUUGUCCACUUUACAGAGUGGAAUUCUGUCUGAUAUUGAGCCACCGCUGUGUUGCUUUAAACGUGUAUUGUGGAUUUUUGGGGGUGGAAGUUUAUUUCUUUAACAAAUAAUUUUGACCAGUGAACUUGUUUGAACAUGCACCGUGGUGUUUCUUGACAUGUGACUCUUGAUAUUGGUAAAUACAAUAAUUGAAAAAUACCACGUUACAUAUAAUAAACAUAUAAUGUACACCAGAUUAUGGCUAAUGUUUCGGCUGUGAGGUUCCACCUCUGUACUUAUGCAGUUAAUAGCUGGACAGGUAUAUUUAUAAAUAGGAGAUUUUCCUAUACAUAUUUUUGACCUGGGGGUAGAAUUGAUUGUGAACUGGAAAGAAAAAUAC